AUGAAUAAAACAAAUUGCUUUCCUAAAAUCCAAAAAGCCUAAUCAACAGUAAGGAAUUUUGAAUUACAAUAGGCAAAACUUUUAAUAAAGACAGAUUGGGAUCAGAGCAUUAAUUCCAGUAUUCCUCUCUCAAUUAGAGCAGAAAUGUCAUCGCACCGAAUGAAAACUGAUUUUACCAAUAAAAACUUUUCAUCUAACUCCGAAGUUUCUUAUCUCAAAACAAAACAUAAAAAAAUUCAAUCAAUUGAAAGCAUAAUCUACAAAGAUCCAGAACUCUCUCAAACAGUAAAAACAAUAUUUAACAACUAUAGAAAUACGAUAAAUCUUUACAUAGCUUUUAUAGUACGAUGUAUAGAAAAUCAUAAAACAAAUUACAGUUCAAUAAUAAAAUUGAUAAAACUACUAUCAAGAGCUAAUGGUUAGACUUUGAAGACUUGCUAAAGGAUAAGAAUUUCAUGGAGAAUGGGUUGUAAAAAUACUUCUAUGAUAUUCUAAAACAUGAAAUCAAGCAAUCCUCUAAUCAAUCAGCCAUCCCUCCGAACAGACAAUAAGCCUUGGAUUUGAAGGAAUGGCUAUUCUUCAUGAUUUAAAGAACAAAAGACAAUAGCAAAAACUUGAGUGCUGUUUAGAUCGCUGAGGAAAUCCAACUAAUUUAUACCACUUGUUUGAAAGAAAUUAUUAAGUAAACAUGACUCAUAAUCUAGUUAAGUUAAGGUUGAAUGUGUAGAAAGAGGUGAAUUACUCUAAAUUAUAUGGGACUUCUACAUCUAAUUGAUUGAUUAGGUGAUUAAAAGCUCAAAUUAAUAAAUGCAAGGCUUUGAAUAAGAAAUGAAAAAUAAGGUGAUUGAGUAGCAGAAUUAUUACAAUGAACAACUUUAAUUUUAGGAACUCAUCUAUAAUGAAAGCAAGAACCAAAUCAAAUAACUAUAGUUUGAUUAUGAUAGAGCAUUAGAUAUUGAUUAAUAGCAAAAAGAAUAGAUAUUGGAAUUAACUUCAGAAUACAGAGAAGCACUUGAAGUUAUUGAUUCACACAGAAAACAAAUAGAUGAAUUGCAAUUAUAAAUUCUUAUGUUGAAAACUGAAUAGGCUGAGACCAAACCAGAAAGCGAGAAAAUAAAUAUCUAAGUUCAAUAGGGCCAAUCCAUAGUUUCGCAUUUAAUGAAUUUUUAAGCCAAAAUAGACACUAAUCAAAAGUAUAGAAUCAAAUCUCCCUUUAAAUCUCAAGGAAGCAAAUCUCCUGCCAGAUCACCCAAGAAAAAUAGCAUGAUCUUUGAUAGAUGGGAGUAGCUUAGGCUAUAAGAAAAUUAAUUGAAAUCAUAGAUCAUAUCACUUAAAUACUUAGAUUUCGAUAAAGAUUAUCAACCCUCUUAAAGCAAAAUAGUUUAAAUAAGUGGCACAGAUGACAAGGCAGUCUAGACUGAAGAUUAAGUUUUGGAUUCCAAAAAGAACUCAAAAAAAGAAGUCUAAGAUUUAAAUAAUGACUCUAAUAUUUCAAUUGAUGAGAAUAACAAACCUCAAUAAGAGGAUUUAGAAUUAAGAAUAUCCAAAGUUUUGAAAUUACUGGAGGAAUAAAAAUUAGAUGAGAAUUAAAAACUAUUACUUUUCAAAACUUUAAGUGAAACUAAAGAUGUAUGUGAAUAAAAUAAAUCAUUAUCAUAGAGAUUGAUUUCUAUGAAGAAAAUGGAUUCAAGGAAAAAGAUGGAACUAUUGGAAAAGGAGGAACUGUGUUAAGAGUUGGAGAUUAAACUAUAAUAAACUGUUUAGGAUUUUAUUUCAAUAAUCUAAAAUAGCAAAAGGAAAUUACGUAAAUUAGUUACAAAAAAUACUUAGCUCGUUGGGACUUUAAAAGAAAUCGAAAGCAAAUAUGAGAUUGUAAUUAAUGAUGUGAAACCAAUAGAAGAGGAGGAAAGUCAUCUAAUGAAUUUAAUCAAUGAAGUAGAUGGAGAUGAGAAUGCUUUCAGUCUUGGCAAAGAAUCUUAAAAUUUGAAUGAGGACAAAUCUCUAUAAAUUUAUGAUGAGGAAUCUAUCAAAAGUUCAGUUCAUAUGUUAGAUUCGAUUAAACUCUAAAAACGACCAGUUUAAGACUUUAAGAAAGCUAUAUCAGAAACUAAUUUAAAUGACAAACUGGAAUAAUUUGAGAAUAGUACUAACAAUUAAAUUAAUUCAAAAGAAGAAGUUUAAGAUCUUUAGAAUAAGGGUCAUCGUAAAAAAUAAUCAGAAUAUGUGAAUAUUAAAGAUGAGGAGAUUUACAAAGAAACUAAAGAUUAAAUAUAAUCAGAAAAUUCAAAGUCAGAUUAUCUCAUUAAUCUUAAUUAAAAGAAUUAAUUGGCAGAUGAAAAUAAGACCUUGAAAUCCUCCACUGUAAGCAAAACUUAAAUAAACAAUCAAAAAAAAAAAUCUAUUUAAAAACACUAAUAAUAGUAAGGAGAUCAAAAAUUUAUUAAUCAAUAACAAUAUCAUUCCAGAAGCAGUAAGAAUUAAUUAGACAUUAAAUUUGAAAGCAGAAAUUCAAAACAUAGUAUCAGCAAUAAUACCAUUACAGAAAAAGAUGAGGUUUCUCAAAUGAAACAAAGUCAAAGAAGCUAAGUAGAAUCAGAGAAAAUGGAAUUAGAUUAAGAUAAAAAUUGUGCUUAGAGAAUUAAGGAUGUGAUAUCACAGUAUAAGGAUAAAUAAUUAACUAAAUGUAAUAUUAAAUCAAUACAUAGAUUCCUCUGCUCAUAAAACUAUCAAUUUUAAUUUACUUUAGGAAACUAAAUAACCAAAAAGAUUUCGACGAGUUUAUAGUUAGAAUACUGAUGUAGCUAAUAAUUUACUUAAACAUGUUAUGAAUAGUAAAAAUAUUACUAAGACGUUAUCAUUUCUUCAAUUCAACAAAAUAAUUAAUUAAAUAUUAUCUGAAGUUUCUAAAUAGAGUGAAGGAUAUAAAAUCCCAGUUCAUGUAUGUAUUUAUGAUUUUAUAAAAAAUAAAUAUGGAUUUAAAUAAGUGGCUGAAAAAAAAAUAAAAUAAGUAAUUAAUUAACUAUUUUGAAGAUUUAUGAAUUUAUCAUAAUUGAGAAAGAAAAAAAUGCAAAAGUUUUGUUAAUUUCAAAAUAUUGUAAUUUUAAAGAUGAAAUUGAUGAAGUUGCACAAAAACUUUUAAUAGAAGCUUUUGUGUUUUUUAAUAAUAAGAUAGAAUCCAAUAAAACCGAAUUUUUAAUAACCUAUGAAUCAGCAAAUGAAUUUCUAAAUGAUAAAUCUUAACUCUGGUUAUAAGCCAAUUAAAUCUAGCAGUUAUAAAAUUAAUGUAAGGUCUAAUGCCAACAAUUUGGAACCAACAAAUAUUGCAUUAAUUAUGAUUAAUUUAUUAUGAAGAUCUUAGAUUUCUAUAUCUUUAAUAAAAAGGACUAUUAAAACAUAUUGGAAAAGCUAUUUAAAGCUGCAGAUCUAGAUGGAAAUAAACUCAUUGAGUAUUAAGAAGUAAAUAGUAUCUAACAAAAUUUAGUUUAAAACCCUUUAUAGAGCAAUCCACACUUAAUAAGAAGAGAGGCAAAAUUUACUAUAGAUGUUUUUAAAAAAUGCCGAUUUUGCUGACGAUUAAGGGGACAAGUAUCUAACUUUGCCUAGAUUUACUGAGAUGGCAAUUGAAUUGGCCAUAUUUCCAAAAGAUUCAGUUAUAAAAUAUGGGGAGGGAUGUGAGAGGAUAAAAGAUCAUUGGAAAAAUGAAAAAAACUCAAUAAAACUCAGGUUUUUAGAAGCUAAAUAAUAUUCAAAAGUCAAGCAUACAUUUGAGGAGUUGGAUAAUUUGAUUAAUAACGAUAAAAAAGAAAUUUAAAGUAGGUAUUUAUUUUAAAUUAGAUGUAUUAUGGGUGAGUUAUAAACUUCUAAAUGAAUAAUCUUUGAGAGUCUAUCUUAAGUAAUAUUUCAACAUAUUUCAAGAUAUUAGACUAAAUAGUGUCUUUCUGAAUUACUGCCUUUGGAAAUUCUAUAAAUAUAAUAGCAAUAUAAAUAAUUAGAUUCAAUUGAGUGA